AUGUUCUACCGUGCGAGGUUGCCAUCGUUAAGCUGGGGCGUCAAUGGUGAAAUAUUGGAAGUUAUUCCCCGUAUAAUUUCUUUGGUUGUGGACGAGGAUAAGCUGUCUGCAGCCAUAGAAAGUCUCAAAUACAUCGGGUUUCUGAAGGCGACGGAGAACGCUGUGGAGUUGGACCGCGGUGUUGCGAACCUCUUACAAGAUCAUCUCCAAUCUAGAAUGUGGCUGCCUAAAGCGGCAAAAAUCGUCUUCCAUGCGCUUCCCAAGUAUCCAUUAAUGGGAACCCAAAGCUUUGUACAGCAGUGCAGGAUGUUACUACCUCAUGCAGCACGGUUAUUUCCACACCUGACCGACCAACAACUGGUCAUCUUAUUGGAACAGAUGGAUCACAUGGAGAUGAUUGAAUCUUGCUUAUUCCUAUCACAUUUCCGGGAUAAGUCUUGGAAGGCACAGGCCCUCUCGGUUGCUUCCAAGGCUUUAUCUCUCUGCGACGGUGGAACCCAACAUCCAUUACUUUUAGCCAAAAUACAGACAAGAGAGUACUUCCUAUCCGUCAUGUUCCCGGACGAUGAAAAGAAACGAGACCAGGCUGUUUUUCCCAUUUGCGAUCAUCGAUCAAAUGCAUUUGCGGCCGAUCUUGCAAUAAUGACUUCAGUCCUUUUACAUACGGUGACCCCUCUACUCUAG